CCCGAGGGGCGGGGGAGCCUCGGAAGAGACUGAGGCCGGCGGUCAGCUCCGCGCCAGCGCGGCUACAAUGUCCCGCCAGGCUAAAGACGACUUCCUGCGGCACUACACAGUCUCCGACCCGCGGACCCACCCGAAGGGUUACACCGAGUACAAAGUGACCGCGCAGUUCAUCUCAAAGAGGGACCCAGACGAUAUCAAAGAGGUAGUGGUCUGGAAGCGGUAUAGCGACUUCCGCAAGCUGCACGGAGACCUGGCCUACACCCACCGCAACCUCUUCCGGCGCCUGGAGGAGUUCCCCGCCUUCCCCCGCGCGCAGGUGUUUGGCCGGUUCGAAGCCUCGGUGAUUGAGGAGCGGCGAAAGGGGGCUGAGGACUUGCUUCGUUUCACAGUGGACAUCCCUGCGCUCAACAACAGCCCCCAACUCAAGGAGUUCUUUCGGGGUGGGGAGGUGACCCGGCCCUCUGAGGUGCCCAGGGACCUGCACAUCCUGCCACCCCCUCUCAUCCCCACACCACCCUUGGAUGAUCCCCGGUUGCCCCAGCCGCUCCCUGCAGAGAGGAGGGGCCUCGAGGAGUUGGAGGUGCCAGCAGACCCCCCACCAUCCAGCCCUGCCCAGGAGGCCCUGGACCUGCUCUUUAACUAUGGGAGCACCGAGGAAGCAUCCAGUUCCCCUGCCCGCGGCCCCCUCACCGAGGCUGAGCUCGCCCUCUUUGACCCUUUCUCCAAGGAAGAAGGUGCAGGCACCAGUCCUGUUCACGUUGAUGAGCUGGCUGCGAUGGAGGCGGAGUCUGAAAGGCUGGCCCAGGAGCCUUGGGAGCCAGGAGGGCAGGAGGAGGAAGAGGAUGGGGAAGCAGGGCCCACUCCUGCCUAUCUGAGCCACGCCACAGAGCUCAUCACCCAGGCCCUACGGGAUGAGAAGGCCGGAGCCUACCCCGCAGCUCUGCAGGGAUACCGGGAUGGGGUACACAUCCUGCUGGAGGGGGCACCCAGUGACCCGUCCCCUGCUCGCCGGGAGGGUGUCAAGAAGAAGGCAGCUGAGUACCUGAAGCGGGCGGAGGAAAUCCUGCACCUGCACCUGUCCCAACUCCCACCCUGAGAGGAAGCGGACCCUCCCUGGACUCUAGCGCCAGCACUGCCAGUCACCCCCUCUCCUCUCCCUGGUGCCUGGCCCUGGCUUCUGGCCCUGGCUUCUGGCCCUGGCUUCUGGGCUUGAUUCCAGGGGCCUUUUCUGUAUGGAACUGGACCAAGAAUGAGAAAAAUAUUUGAAUACAUUCUCGGCUCCCUGACCGCACCUGCCACCGUGGGGUCGGGGACUCACACUUUUGAUCCUGCCUCUUUCUUGAUGUGGGAGCAGCAGCGCCCAACACUAAACUGCCCUUUCCCCGCCUAGAACCCGGGUCUGCAAAUGGGUCCGCAGCCAAAUCCAGCCGCCGCCUGUGUGUAAGCCCCGUGAGCUAGGGUGGUUUUUACAUUUUUUUAAUGGCUGAAUAAAACCAAAAGAAUAAUAUUGUGACAGGUGAAAAUUAUAUGGAAUUUAAGUAUUUAAAAAUAAAAUGCGAGUGGAACACAGCCAGGCUCAUUCAUGGACU